AUGGAACAAACAGCCAGGCAACAUGGAACAAACAGCUCGGCAACAUGGAACAAACAGCUCGGCAACAUGGAACAAACAGCUCGGCAACAUGGAACAAACAGCUCGGCAACAUGGAACAAACAGCUCGGCAACAUGGAAACAAACAGCCAGGCAACAUGGAACAAACAGCCAGGCAACAUGGAACAAACAGCUCGGCAACAUGGAACAAACAGCUCGGCAACAUGGAACAAACAGCUCGGCAACAUGGAACAAACAGCUCGGCAACAUGGAACAAACAGCUCGGCAACAUGGAACAAACAGCUCGGCAACAUGGAACAAACAGCCAGGCAACAUGGAACAAACAGCCAGGCAACAUGGAACAAACAGCCAGGCAACAUGGAACAAACAGCCAGGCAACAUGGAACAAACAGCCAGGCAACAUGGAACAAACAGCCAGGCAACAUGGAACAAACAGCCAGGCAACAUGGAACAAACAGCCAGGCAACAUGGAACAAACAGGCAGGCAACAUGGAACAAACAGGCAGGCAACAUGGAACAAACAGCCAGGCAACAUGGAACAAACAGCCAGGCAACAUGGAACAAACAGCCAGGCAACAUGGAACAGGCAGGCAACAUGGAACAAACAGCCAGGCAACAUGGAACAAACAGGCAGGCAACAUGGAACAAACAGGCAGGAUUUCAACCAAGAGAAUCAACAAUACUCUAAUUACCUCCACUGCUACAUUCAGCAAUGGCGCCGACUAA